UUUUCCCGUCAGCAUGCGGCGCCCCCGAGUGCUAGUGACGCAUCAUCAGGUGCAGCCGGUUGCAUUGGAGCGUUUGCGCAAGGAAUGUGAUGUGAUCGUCCCAACGGUAGAUUUCCCAUCCCGUGCUCUAAUACUCGAUCUCUGCCCGGGCGUUGAUGGGCUGCUGUGGACGAGCUACAAGAUGAAGCUGGACCGAGAGGUCCUGGAUGCAUGCGGAGCACAGCUGAAAGCGAUUUCCCUCACGAUGAACGGUGUAGACUGUGUCGAUGUCGAGGAGCUGGCUAGAAGAAACAUUCCCCUGGGACAUACACCCUACAUCCCGAACCGUGCGGUGGGAGAUUUAGCUGUCGGUCUGAUGCUUUCCGUCAACGAGCGACUGUUAUCUACCGCUGGCGAAGAAUGUUAUCAGCGUCAGCCCAUCCAAGGAUCAACGAUCGGUAUCGUAGGAUUCGGUGGUAUUGGGAAAUUGAUUGCCAGAAGACUGCAAGCGUUCGAUGUCGGCUGCAUCCUCUACUGUGGCCCGCGUCCCAAAGCGAGCGCAGAAUCCUUCCAUGCCCAGUUCGUAUCGUUCGAGCAGCUGCUUGUACGGUCGGAUUUUGUAUUCAUCAGCUGUCCCCUAACCAUCGCUACCGUUCGGAUGUUUGGCCGGGAAGCAUUUGCAGCGAUGAAGCCAACUGCCGUACUGAUCAACGUUGCACGUGGCGCGAUCGUCGAUGAAGCUGCCCUGCUGGAUGCGUUGAAAGGUGGACAAAUAAGAGCGGCUGGACUGGAUACUGUGACGGAUGAACCAUUACCGCCGGAUAGUGAGUUGUUUCACCUGCCAAACUGUGUGAUUCUACCACACCUGGGAACGGCAACGAAACGGACGCGCGACGAGAUGGCUGUACGAGCGGUGGAGAAUUUAAUGCACGGUUUGCGGAAUACAACGAUGCCAGCACAAUUUCAGACGCAAUAAAGUCCAUUCACUUCAUCAACCAUUUGCUCUUAAAGGCACUUUAAUGGGGUGGUGGCAUAGACCGUUGUAUUAGGAUGCAAUGCUAGCAGCUGCAAGGUGAUGCUCCCUAUCCUCCUUUUCCUAUGCAUUGUGUACAAAGAGUGAUGCAGUAUAAAAUCAGUCUUCAAUGAC